AAGUUAUUUGAAAAAAGAAUGUUGUGGGUCCGUGGUGCGCAUGCGUCGCUGCGGGAUCAGGGUGGGAGCUAGCCCCGCUAGCCGUUAGCAUCGGAAGCUAGCAGGCGGAGCGUGUAAUGGCGGCCUCGGUGUUGCUGGGCUCUGCGGACGGUUCCAGGCUCCAUUUCAGUCCCGGAGGCGGCGGCGGCUGCGAGAAUGCCGCGGUCGGAACCUCGAACGGACUGGGCCCGCCCGGCCCGGCGCCCUGGAACCGCUCGGUGGACCGCGCGCUGGAGGAGGCGACGGUGACCGGCUGCCUGAACCUCAGCGGCAGGAAGCUGAAGGAGUUCCCCCGGAGCUCCGCCACCCACGACCUGACGGACACCACCAGGGCCGAUCUGUCCCGGAACCGGCUGUCCGAGCUUCCUCUGGAGGUCUGCGUCUUCGUGUCUCUGGAGAGUCUGAACCUCUACCAGAACUGUCUGCGCUCUCUGCCGGACAGCCUGCUGAACCUGCAGGCCCUCACCUACCUGAACCUCAGUCGGAACCAGCUGUCCGUCCUCCCCCCAGUGGUCUGCAGCCUCCCCCUGAAGGUCCUGAUAGCCUCCAACAACAAGCUGGGCUCUCUGCCGGAGCAGCUGGGUCAGCUGAGACACCUCACUGAGCUGGACGUCAGCUGCAAUGAGAUUCAGACCCUACCCGCUCAGGUGGGCCAGCUGGAGGCCCUGAGGGACCUGAACGUCAGGAGGAACCACCUGAACCGGCUGCCGCCAGAACUGGCAGAACUUCCUCUGGUGCGCCUGGACUUCUCCUGCAACAAGGUGACGUCCAUCCCCGUCUGCUACCGGCGCCUCACCCAGCUGCAGGCCAUCGUCUUGGACAACAACCCGCUGCAGGCACCGCCCGCUCAGAUCUGCAUCAAAGGAAAGGUCCACAUCUUCAAGUACCUGAACCUGGAGGCCAACAAGAGCACGCCGGAGCCGGCAGAGUACGAGAGACGGCCGCUGACCUGCAUGGAUGAACCGUAUCCCGGACGUCCGUACGGAGCGUUGGACUCCGGCUUCAACAGCGUCGACAGCGGGGACAAGAGAUGGCUGGGCAUUGAGCCUGCAGAGGAAGCGUUGGAGCUGCGGGGGGCGGAGACCGGCAGAGACCCCAGACAGCGAGGGGGAGGAGCUCUGCUGCCCAACGGCACAGCAAACGUGGAGUUGGAGCAGAUCGACUUCAUCGACAGCUACAUGGAGGAAGACGAGGAGAAGAAGAGCCGCUUCAGCCUCAGCUCCCAGUUCAUGGCGUACAUCGAGAAGCGCAUCACCAGAGAGGGUUCUCCAGUAAAGAACAGCCGGAGCGAAGACAGCAGAAGACUCAGCAGGACGACGGCUGAUGUUGCCGCACCACCCUCCAGCCCGUACAGUCAGAAAGGGGGCGUUGGUCCUGGGGGGGUGGAGAGGAUGAGGAAGGAGGCCCAGCUUGCUGCUCUGAGGUACGAGGAGGAGCGGCAGAAGAAUCGCUCUUUUCAGAGGGAGGGCGUCGGCACAGUCGCCAAGCACAAACCGGCUCAGAGCCCAACCAAGUCCAGUGAAGCCGAGAAUACUUUCCCUUCAAGACGCUCCACCCACACAGAUGACUCCGCCCUCUUUAUGGGUGAAGACAGAGCUACGCUGUCUCCCACAGGUAAUCAGUCGUCUUCGUACCUGGCUGCAGGGGGUGUGGCCUCCUGCCGAAUGGCCAGUCUAAGGCCAGAGAGCUUCCUGUUUCGCCUCAGCCAGAGGGAAGAGAAGAAAAGAGGAGACGAUACGAAAUCUCCUCAAAGUCAAGAGGAGACUCCUGCGGCUCCUGGUCUGGAGGGAGAGGAGGCGGAGUUGGUGGAGCAGCUUCGCAAGAACAUCGAGGCUCGCCUCAAGGUGUCGUUACCCAGCGACUUGGGAGCGGCUCUGACUGACGGGGUGGUUCUGUGUCACCUGGCCAAUCAUGUGAGACCGCGCUCCGUUCCCAGCAUCCACGUCCCCUCCCCCGCUGUGCCCAAACUCACCAUGGCCAAAUGCCGAAGGAACGUGGAGAACUUCCUGGAGGCGUGUCGUAGGAUCGGAGUUCCACAGAACCAGCUGUGUCUUCCUCUCCACAUCCUGGAGCAGCGGGGGCUCUCACAGGUGGCCGGCACCGUCGACGCCCUGCUCAACCUGGCCCCACCCAGACAGUCGGCUGCCACGGCGACGCCCCCCGGGCCCUCCGUCACCAUUUAGAGGAUUCUUGAUGCCAAAAGCUGCGCUCCUGCUGGGGGGAGGGGAGGGGGUGUUAAAAACUCAAAAGUUUAGUUCUGAUUAGCCCACUCAUCAGAACCGGAUCAGGAACGAGUUCAGAUCUGCUUCACGUCUGAGAGUGUUGGUGGUUUUAGCCACGCCCCUUUUAGACCAUUUUAUUUAUUCUGAAAGUUUUAUUAGAGAAGUUUAGAGUCGGAGCAGAACUCUGACUUCAGAACCAUUCCAUCUGAGAGAACCGCAUCUGGAUCUGAUGGAGGCCCCGCCCACAGGUCCUCAGGACCUCUAAGCCUGUUCCGUCUGGGGGUUGGGUUGUCCGGCCGCUGUCGCACAGACGGACUGAGAAUCGAGAGUCAAACUUUGCUGUUUUUGCACAGAAUAAUGGUAGAAACGUAACAGCCUGGAUUUACAAAUGUUUAUUUAUGCUGUUCUGCAUCUGAGGAUGUAAAAAAUCGUUACGGAGAAAACUGUAAAUCACUAAAUAUUUUAUAGAAUGAGCUGAAAGCUAAAAAUAUUUCAUGUUAUGAAACUGAAAUAUUUUUAUCUAACCCUUAAGAACUUCCAGUAGGAACUUGUUAUUUUUCUAGUUUAUUUAUUAAAAAGAAAAGCUAAAAACCACUUUAAAGAUAGUUUGAACUGAUGAACGUGAACACUAAAGAAUUACUCCAACACUGAGGACGGACAGCAGGGGUUAGCAGGAGCUAGCGUUAGCAGAGAAACACCUGACUGUUUAGUGUGCUACAGAGCUAGCAUUAUAUGGGAGCUAGCGUUAGCAGAAGCUAUCAUUAGCUACCAUCAAACAGAGAAACACAUGACUGUCAGUGUGCUACAGAACAAGCAUUAGCAGAAGCUAGCAUUAGCAGACACUAGCAUUAGCUAGCAUUAAACAGAGAAACACCUGUCAGCUGUGCUGCAGAAAUAGCAUCAGAAGAGAUAACAUUAGAAGAGCUAACGUCUUCAGAGCUAGCUUUAGCAGAGCUAGAAUCAGCAGGAACUAGCGUUAGCAGGAACUAGCAUUAGCAGGAACUAGCACCAAACAGAGAAACACGUGACUGUCAGGUGUGCUACAAAGCUAACAUUAGCAGAGCUAGCCUGCUGACAAAUGUUGGACAAAGCUAAUGCUAGCGUGGAUGAGAGGAACACUGGGGUCAGGUAAAGAUUAAAACUCCAACCUCCUCCAUCAGUUCCAGUCACCUGCCACCAGAGGCCGCUGUCGGCGUAGGGAUUGGAGUCUCCAUCAGAUCCAGGACGGGACCUGAGCAGUGGAGCUCCGGCUCCUGCAGUCAAACUGUUUUCUUUGGUGGGUGGGGGGUUGCUGGUCAUGUGACCCACAUCAGUAUCGAUGUAAACACUAAAGCUGUGUCCUCACAGGACGACUGCUGUUGCAUGAUGGGACGUAAAGUGUAAAUAUUUACAUAUAUGUGUAUGUUGUACAUAUGAGACUUUCCUGUUGCUAAGGAGACCAGACUUCCUCAUCGCCGUGGCGACGGGUCAGAGAGAGAUUCUUCCUCCUGUUUACUGUUUUUAACUUUAAACAAACUGAAUAAAGACGCCUGUCACCUGAA